UACUAAUAAUAAUAAUAAUAAUAAUGCAACCCUUCAUAACACUCUCAUGUUAUUUUAUUUCCUCCUUCUUUUCCACAGCGACUGAAGCUGAAGUCACCAGGAUAAUAACUACAUCUCCCAUAAUGCAAAGUCCUGUCAGGCUUGGUUGGCUUUGCUGUUGCCAAAGUAACGUUAACUUGGAUGCCUUCAUUGUAUAAAUCGAGAUAGUUGACGAUAUUUAUUGCCUGAACCGUUGUUACUUGUUGGUAAAUUCAAGGCAGAAGUCAUUCACUAGGCGUAUGAGAUGCUAUCUUGUCUGGUUAACUGUUAACUUAUUUGCAAACCGUCAGUGAGUCAGAACCUUUCUAUCCUAGCUAGCAAUUAGCCAAUGCUAAGUGGGCUCCCUAGCCUAGCUAACAUGAACUGUUACUCAAUAAGAAUGGACUUGCUAGCUGUCAUAGCUAACUAACUGAUUUUGCAACUAGUGUGUUCCUUGAUAUCGUUCAUGUUAUUAUGAUAAGGUAGCGUUAUACUUGUUGUGGUCCUUGCCAUUGUUCAUUAUCCUAACGUUAGCUUGCUGAGUGAUGAGGUUUUCCACCAAAUCAGGGUGAGAGUACGAUAGUAACUCGUCGUUGGCAAAGCUGUUAGCUAAAUUAGUAAGUAAUCAUGAACUGAAGUAAACUAACUUGGCUUUAAAAUUGUAGCAACUAGCCAUCGUGAGACUGAUGAAACUUUCUAGCCUCAGCUCAUCUAACGUGCUCCUUAAAAUUGUUCAGUAAUGUGAUAACCAUAACUUGUGAACAAAAUCUUCCCAAAAGAGUAUAAUUGAAACUUAACCUCGGAAGCAAAGGCACUGUCAUUAUGACUGGAAUGUUUUCGGGAGUAGGUACAGGAGUUUUCCUUAUUGCUCUUGUAUGGAUUGUAGCUUGCGCAUUGACCAUACUUCUAUCAAGAACAACAGGCGCAACGAAAUUAGGCAUCGUCCCUGUUCUCCUCCUGGCUAUCAUCAUAACCUUGAUUCUCCUGUUCUUCCCUCGCGCCUCCGAGGUUCCUUCUCCUGUCAAGGAAGUUGAGAUUGUGGACAAUUUCUUCAUUGGGCGGUACGUGCUGUUGUCCCUGGUCAGCGUAGUGUUCUUGGCAGUGCUCUUCAUGUUGUUGCCCCUUCAUCUGCUGGAGCCAGUCUAUGCCAAGCCCCUGAGAACUCACUAGAAAGAGGAGAGCAUCAUGCCAACUUGGCACGGAUUACAGGACUUCUCUUAUUAUGUGCACGGUUGGAGACGAGAUGCUUCAACAAGUGUCCUCAAGCAUCUUUUUUUUUUUUUCUCUUCUCCUUGUUUAAGUCAAUGGGUUUUAUAUAGAAAUAUGUUUUUACUGCUAGUCAGAUAUUUAAAAAUAUGUUAUUGAAAGUAGGAGCUUUUGUAAUAAACAUUAUUGCAUCCAUCGGCUUAUCAUUGAUGGUUAUCUUGACAAUGCCAGAAGAGUAGAGGGAGAAUUAAGAUUGAGAGAAUAAUUCUAGAUAUCAUAUAUUGAUACUAUUUGAAGGAACAGUGAACAGAUGAUGUUUCCAAAUACUCCAGUCCAUUCUGUCUGAAUAUGAUGAGCACGAAACGCAAACAAAAAAUUUAGAAUUCACAGUGAUGGUCUUCUUCUUUGCGUUAGAUCUAGAGUCUUUUAUGUUCUUCAUAACAAAGACUACUUUGCGACUGAAACUGGCCUAGAUUUUAACAUUUUUAAUUUGCGUUUUAAAUCUUCUAAGCUGGCAACCCUUCAGUGGUAACACUCACUCUCACUCUCACCCAGAGUAUGUUUAUGUUGGCCGCCUUACUCUCUGAAUAAGUGUUGUUUUAUCCCCUCAAGUUGCCCUUAUCUGAUAUUACACUUUAGUUGAAGAGGAAUAGGAAAACACCCACUGCCACAGAUUUGCAGCAGCUGAGGAUAUCCGGCCCUGUGUAACACUUCAGAAGCCAUUUCUCCGGCCCUGUGUAAAUGCCUCUCUACCUACCUGCUUUGGAAAUACCGCUUGAGGGCCCUUAUAGCUGUUACUCUGUUUUUUCGAGACGACAAACUCAUUGUGGGCAGGUGGUGCGGAGGGAGAGGUGAGCCCGUUGUUGUUUUGGGCUCCGUUACAUGAGCUCAGACGCUGGCCCGGUUCUUUGCGGGGCCCUUGUUAAAAGCGGGGAGCCCGGUGGGACGUGCAGUGAAAUUCCAACCAGGCUGAUGAAAGAGAGCCUAAUGAAUCAGAUCCAAUCCUAUUAGUUCCGGCCCGCGUCCCUAUACAGAGCGCGGAGAGGGGAACUCUACCGGCUGAUCGAGCGUGGUUUUCACACGGGCUCAGAAGUGGGGCGGAGCCCAAGAUAAAUGACGUAAGGCCCGUGCUAUAUAGCUAGUAUAUAGGUGUUCUGGAAUGUCAUAAGUUUCGCCUGUGAACGCAGUGACUUUUGUAGUAUGAUGCCCAAGUAGCUCGUUCAACCUUGCAAUCGGAGCUAUUGUGGUGGUUGGUUGGCCUUGCAUCAUACCAGUCGACUUAUGAAGCUUUCUCAGUUACUAGAAUGCAAUAAUUUCGAGUUAAAUGUUGCUUUGCAACGUUUCUCACUGAUCUAAAUAUCUAUCUACCACAACUGCUUUCAUUUUUCUACUGAUUGUCAUCACUGCUUUAACUUGCUCUGUCUCUGCUUACUUGUAUCCAGUUCCUGUUAUGAUCGGUGUAUGUAUCUGUCAGAUCUCCUCGCCCCUCUCUUUCUGUCCUGACCCUCUGCAUUUUCAUCUUGCUUGAGAAUCCCUCCCAGGGGAGUGGGAAAAGCAGCGGAACAAAGUGUCUGGGGAACGGGUCUGCCUCGGAGUCUCAAGCAGGAGGAGCCUUUGUGGGCCAGCCAGCUGGACAUACAAAGAGAUGGGGGGAGGAGAGACAGAGAGAACGAAAGGGAAAGAGAGCGAGAGAGAGGGAGCGCAAGAUCGGAGGAUACAAAGGUGUGAGCCAAACCCAGGAUGUGGGUGUCUGUGCUUGAUUUUGAGGGGUGGGAUACGAUGGGAUAGGGUGGGUUGCAGGGGGGAGGGGGGGAGGCGCAACAACGCAAUGGUGCAUUGUGACCCACUGAAGCAGAACUUCUGCUCUCGCAACCUCCCCCCCCCCUCCCCAUCCUCUUUUCUCAUGGCCUGAGCACUGCGCCUUAAACUGCAACCAUCCUUUAUCUCUCUCUCAGUGUGUGUAGCCCACAUUCUGCUCACUGUUGCAGAGAAAAAGAUGUGCAUCUGAGAGGAAAGAUGGCCACAGUUGUUGAAUGCCAUUUUACAAAGCAAAAGCAAUAUUUAUUGAUUUUUUUUGUCUGAUGUUCAUUUUUGAAAGGCAGAGGCUUUAUGCUCUGACACUGGAGUGGCACUUGAAGGGUCUCCCCUUGUUGAGGAGACAAAUAGCUGAAGUGGAUCUGUUGAGAGGGGAACAAUAAGCAAGCCACUACCAGCCACACAGUGGCCUUGCAAUACAAAAAAAAAAGAAA